UGUUGAUGUAUCUGGCUAUCUUCGGAGACGAGGAGGAUCGAUAUUCCGAGAUACCCGCCUGGUUUUUCGGUGUUUACAUGAGAUUAUCUCUGCUCUUCCCACAGAAAGCUUUUUCCUUUUGUCUCCCUAGAGACCGAUGGGAUAAAGAGUUUGCUUUAUUGCAGGCCGGUUAACUGGGAUUUUCUGAGGAGAUUUAGUUUAGUUGAUUCUGUUGUGUGCUUCAGUAUUAGAGAGGGUUGAGAUGGGUUCUUCUCAAGGUUCUGCUUUGUCGGGGAAUGUAGCGGAGUUCGUUGAUGGCUCCUCUGGGCGUGGAGAGGUUUUCUUCGUAGAUUAUUUGCCUGUUUAUGUUAAGGAGUUAAUUGCCGGCGGCGCUGCUGGUGCUUUUGCAAAGACUGCUGUUGCUCCCUUGGAGCGGAUAAAGAUACUGUUGCAGACAAGAACCGAAGGAUUUCAUUCUCUCAGUGUCUAUCAAUCCCUAAAGAAGUUACUGAAGCAAGAAGGUGUUUUAGGAUUUUAUAAAGGAAACGGUGCUAGCAUUCUUCGGAUUGUCCCAUAUGCGGCUCUACAUUUCAUGACAUAUGAGCAAUAUCGAUGUUGGAUAUUGAACAACUAUUCUGCUCUUGGAACCGGACCUUUUAUAGAUCUAUUGGCUGGUUCAGCAGCUGGAGGGACAGCAGUAUUGUGCACUUAUCCCUUAGACUUGGUUCGAACGAAACUUGCUUACCAGGUGACAGACACUAGAGGAAGUUUCAGGAAUGGUGGGAGUAAUUACCAUAUUCAGCCUGCAUAUCAUGGUAUAAAAGAUGUUUUCAGAAGUGUUUACAAGGAAGGUGGAGUGCGUGCUUUAUAUCGGGGUGUGGGUCCAACACUUAUUGGUAUUCUCCCUUAUGCUGGCCUGAAGUUCUACAUAUACGAGGUGCUGAAGGAGCAGGUCCCUGAAGAACAAAAAAAAUCUAUUGUAGUCCGCCUCUCCUGUGGAGCUUUAGCUGGGCUAUUUGGACAGACUUUCACAUACCCACUGGACGUAGUUAGGAGGCAGAUGCAGGUCCAAGGCCUGAAACCAUCCAUCCAACGAGGAGAUCCUGGAUACAAGAGCACAAUGGAAGGGCUUACUACCAUCAUCAAGAAUCAAGGAUGGAGACAAUUGUUUGCUGGUCUAAGCAUUAACUACCUAAAGAUUGUCCCUUCUGUGGCCAUUGGUUUCACAGCAUACGAUGUGAUGAAGGCUUGGUUACGAGUUCCACCGCGUCAAAAAUCUCAAUCUGUAUCAACUUGAUGAAGUUGAUGGAGAUUAUU